AUGGCAGAUCCAACAUUUGACGAUAUGCUAUUCCGACGAUCAAAAGCAUAUGGAAGAAAUCAUUUGCUUACAAGGGAUGCUGCAUACGGAACUGCAGUUUCUGGAGCCAUUUGGUGCCCCCUGCAAUACAUUGCCUCAUAUCAAGGUGCCUAUAAUCCUACCAAAUCAUAUGUGCACACUGAUUCCAGCGCAGAAACUGUCAGUCAAGACAUUUGGGGUUACCAUUCGGUUGCCAGUGUACAGGCUUCAAAAGAAAAGUAUGACAAUAACAAAAAGACUGGGGGUGGUCCAGCAAUUAGCCUAAGCCCAACAGAAGAGCUUAUUAUAAACCACUUACUGAUGAACAACAAGUCUCAAAUGACUGGGCUGGAGGGUGGUGUAGACUCCCUUAUACCCUCUUCAACAAAUCAAGUUUCACAGCUGCUUCCACAAAGUAAACAUGUGACUGCUGCAAACAAGGAAACAACAUGUAUAACAUUUCAGGAAGUGUUUGAAGGUGAUAACGUAAUUGACAGUAAUAACACUACUGCGGUGACAGCACCCAUCAUUGAUUGCACAGGUGAUGCUUGUACAGAAACCUCAGAGAAUGAAACUGGACGAAAACAUUUCCUAUAUUUUAGUAAUACGAAAAAAAAUAAAACAGGAAAAAGAAAACAAGAUGACAAGGAAGACGAUUUAUAUGCACUGGAGAAGAAACGAAUAUGCAAAGAAAUUGAUCUUCUGGAACAAAGAAAGGCUCAAGAACACGAAUUGUUUCUACUUCAGAAAAGAAUUUUUCUAAAGCAGCUGGAUGAAUACACAGAAUGAAAUUUAUAUGCCUGUACAGAAUUAUAAUGUAAGAUUCUUUCACUGGUUUUAUGUGCAGAUUGGAAUAUUCUGCUCUUGGGUAAAUGUUUAUGCAGUUAUGAGGCUUGCCAAUUAACUUUGUAAACACUUAUCUGAGAUCUGAAUAUUCUUUUAGCACCAAAAACCAGUGUUAGAAUCUAAUUGUUUUUGCCUUUGCCGUCUGUCCUUCCAUCUGUCUGUCUGUUUGCAUUAAGCUUGUCCAGCUUUCACAGGUCAAACUGCUGGCCAGAUUUCAACGAAACUUCAUAGGAAUGAUCACUACCAUGCCUGGUUGUGCAUAUCUCCGUCAUGUUCCGCUUUUCUGCACAAAAUGGCCACCAGAGCUAAAAACAAAAAAAACGGCUUUCACAUUUAAACUGCUGGCUGGAUUUUGACAAAAAUUCACAGGAGUGAUCAGUACCAAGCCUAGUUGAGCAUAUUGCCGACACGUCCCACUUUGCUGCAUAAAAUGGCCGCCAGAGCUUAAGGUAUACAUAGGGGGAGACGAAAAAAAAAACACCUUCUAGUUUAAUUUAUUUUAGCUUGAUUGUGGUGAAAGCUUUAUGCUUAUUGGAACCACUCUCGAGUGCAAUUCCUAAAAAAAACACUACUGGUGUCUUAUGAGAAGUCAUGGUCAUUACGACCUCUGGAUUGAGCGAGUAGGAUAGCUCUAGGUCAUGUGGGGUCAAAAACUAGGUCACCUGGUCAAGUCAAAGGAAAAGCUUGUUAUCACUCUAGAGGCCACAGUUGUGACCCAUCUUUAUGAAACUUUGUCAGAAUGUUUGUCUUGAUGAUCUCUAGAGUCUAUGGCCAUCAUGGCCCUCUUCUUAUAUUAUAUUAUAGAUAUUUUUAUCAUAUUGACAAGGUUGUUGAAUAGUCAAGCUGUGAUGAACUCUGGCAGUCCUUAUUCAGAAAAAUAUUUUAUGUUUAGCUCCAGCAUUCGUUGUCAUAUUGUUGUAUUAUUGUUGUUUUAUGAUUUUUAGGGUGGUUCAGUUUCUACUGUGCGUCACACCAUUAGAUUGUGUACUCAUAUAUUUAAAAACAAUAACAAACAGAGUAACUAUCAUAUAUUUGUGCAUUUUAUUUUCUAUUUUUACUUCUAUCCUAACUACAUGUAUGUAUUUGUAACAAAGUUCAUUUCUUUUAAAUUUCAAUCUGCAUAGUAUGUAAUUUGGUCUACUAAAAACUACUGUUUAUAUCUUUAACAAAUCUGUCAGUUGUUUGGUUAGUAGAAACUGAUAAUUGGAAAAAGAACCUUAUUGUCACAUAAAAGCCAACAGACAACUAAGACAUAUAAACAUCUCGCCAUAUUCAUAAGUUAACAAACUAAGACAGUAUAAAUUUUUUUUAUUUAUAAAACCAAAGUAUACAACAAAUAAUUAUAGCAAAAUAUUGUUUUAACACUAAGUACAAUAGGCGGUUAUAUGUCAUGUGUAAUAACUUCCCAAGGGCAGAGCCCCAAGUGAAAUUAUUUGUACGAUGUAUCACCGCUCAAUUGAAUAAGUAGUAUUAAAACAUGGUGUUGCUAUAAGUCAUUUUGAUUUUAAUAAGCAUUAAUCUAAAACAGUAGAUAAAAUUUAAAAGCAUUCCUUCUUGGUAACAACAGAAACUAUGAGUCAACACACAUUAAUAUGACAUCAUUCUAGGUAAGAAUGUUUUAACAGAGAAAAGAAUAUCAGAAUAAUGUUUAAAAUGUUUUGUCAAAGACUUUUGUAUGAAUUAUUGCAAUUAUAACUUCUUAUUCACUAACACCAUUUCAUGAAACUUAAGAAAAAUAGUGCUUCUGCAACUUAAAUGGGAAGCACUUUGCAAAAUAAUCUAAUAGCUGUUAAUAUAUUAAGUAAAAAAGCUUUUUUUUUACUUUCUCGAUUGGAAGUUUCACUUACAGAAUUUCCGACAAAUAUCUUUUAAAAAAUAAAUGUCAUGUAAAAUUAGUUUAUGACAUUAACAUGUAAAAAUAUGAUUUCUCUAAAUUUGUUGCACCAUUUGGCAACGUUUACUUUUUAUGCAACCUUAAGACAUGAUUUCUGACUGUUUGUCCAGUAUUUUAUUAGCUCACAUGAGCACGAAGUGCUCAAAGAUGAGCUUUUGUGAUCACCCUAUGUCCGUCGUCCGUCAUCAUCAACAAUUUGACUGUUAACACUCUAGAGGUCACAAUUUUGGCCCAAUCUUAAUGAAACUUGUUCAGAAUGUUACUGUCAAUAAAGUCUUGGACAAGUUCAAUAUUGGGUCAUCUGGGGUCAAAAACUAGGUCACCAGAUCAAAUCAAAGGAAAAGCUUGUUAACAAUCUAGAGGUCACAAUUUUGGCCUAAUCUUAAUGAAACUUGGUCAGAAUGUUACCCUAAAUAAAAUCUUUGAAAAGUUAGAUAUUGGUUUAUCUGGGGUCAAAAACUAGGUCACCAGGUCAAAUCAAAGAAAAAGUUUGUUAAAAAUUCUAGAGGUCAAAAUUUUGGCCUUAUCUUAAUGAAACUUGGUCAGAAUGUUACCCUCAAUAAAAUCUUGGAUAAUUUUGAAAUUAGGUCAUCUUGGGUUAAAAACUAGGUCACCAGGUCAAAUCAAAGGAAAUGGUUUUUAACACGAUAGAGGCCACAUUUAUGACUGUAUCUUCAUGAAACUUGGUCAGAAUGGUAAUCUUGAUGAUCUUAAGAUCUGGGUUGAAUAUGGGUCAAGUAGGAUUAAAAACUAGGUCACCAGGUCAAAUCAAAGGAAAAUCUAGUUAACACUGUAGAGGCCACAUUUAUGACCAUAUCUUAAUGAAGCUUGGUCAGAAUGUUAAUCUUGAUCUUUAGGUCAAUAGGUCAGGUGAGCGAUACAGAGCCUUCGUAGCCCUCUUGUUUAAAUAUUUGUGAUUUAGUCAAAUUGUGAUUCAUCCAACUGUGAUAAUGUUUAUUUGUGAAGAACAAGCCACAUUUGCUGUAUACUACAUGUUCGAACUGUUACUCAUUUAAUGUGUAUUACAUGUUCAUACUGCCAGACUAUGAGGUUAUAGCUGUUUCCCACACUUUACAAAGUUUAUAAAUGUUUACUCAACUUUAACGUUUUUGAUAACACUGUUACUGUUAUGAAAUUAAAUACAAUGUGGUCAUUAAAGAACAUUAAUGGUU